AUGGUUGAAUUUGUCUCUAAAGCUGGAUAUCCUGUUGGUGAUCGUCGUGACAGUUCUGGAAUAAGAUUUUAUUUAAGUACAUCAUUACGUCAGUAUGAUUUAGGCUGCUUAACAUUUGGUGUGAAAUCGAAUGCAUUUGGAAUUGAAAUACCACCACUCAUGGAUCGAUUUGUAAUUGAUUGUUAUUGUAAUGCAAAUGUAACGAAGGUAUCGUAA